CGUUGUCAGGUGGCGGCGCCGCAACCAUGGAGGGAGGCGGUGGUGGCGGCCGCAUUGGUGGCUGCGCUGGGAGGCGGCGGUAAGCGGCUCCCACGUCCCCGGCCCGGCCCCGGCCCCCCGGGACGGAGAGCCGAGCAGCCCCCGCUCCGGGCUGCGGACUAUGGGCCAGCAGCGCUGAGCACCGCGGAAAGAGGGGCCUGUGGAGAAAGCUUCCUUCCGCCUCAGUGUGCACUGCCCCGGAGGCUUUUCCCCCAGUCGCUCUGGAGCACAUUCUCCUGGCCAUGGGCCCUUAGCCUCCAGCCUCUCCUGCUGCUUCCUGCCUUCAAGGAGGCCGCGGAGGAGCUCAGCUGGGACUUGCUCAGGGCAGUGAGGUGAAAAGAGACGUCACCGAUGACGUAAUCUCCUUGUGUGGGGCUCAUCUGUGAACUUUGCCUCUUGGAGGAAACUGGAACUGGAUCCCCCGAGCUGCAGACACCUGGCCUUCCAUGAGCAGCGCGGCCGUCUGGCCCCUCCUGGCCCCCAGGACCGCUGUGCUCAUCACGCCCUCGUCCUGCUGAGAAGGCAGCGGUGGAGGACGGCGGAUGUGCUGAGGGGGAAGCAGCCUGGGCUCCCGGCCCUCCUUCGGCCGCCCCUCCCACUUCCCACUUGACUGAGUCACUUCCUCCCUGGCUGCUGCAGAGCUGAGAAUGAAGCGGAGAGCAUCAGACAGAGGAGCUGGGGAAACGUCGGCCAGGGUGAAAGCCCUAGGAAGUGGGAUUUCCGGAAAUAAUGCCAAGAGAGCAGGACCAUUUGUCCUUGGUCCCCGUCUGGGCAACUCGCCGGUGCCGAGCAUUGUGCAGUGUUUGGCAAGGAAAGAUGGCACAGAUGACUUCUACCAGCUGAAGAUCCUUACCCUCGAGGAAAGGGGGGACCAAGGAAUAGAAAGCCAAGAGGAAAGGCAAGGCAAAAUGCUGUUACACACCGAGUACUCCCUGCUUUCCCUCCUCCACACGCAGGAUGGCGUGGUGCACCACCAUGGGCUCUUCCAGGACCGCACCUGUGAAAUUGUUGAGGACAUGGAAUCCAGCCGAAUGGUUAAGAAAAUGAAGAAGCGCAUCUGCCUCGUCCUCGACUGCCUCUGUGCGCAUGACUUCAGCGACAAGACCGCCGACCUGAUCAACCUGCAGCACUACGUCAUCAAGGAGAAGCGACUGAGCGAGCGGGAGACUGUGAUCAUCUUCUAUGACGUGGUGCGAGUGGUGGAAGCCCUGCAUCAGAAAAACAUUGUGCACAGGGACCUGAAGCUUGGGAACAUGGUGCUCAAUAAGAGGACGCAUCGGAUCACCAUCACCAACUUCUGCCUGGGGAAGCAUCUCGUGAGCGAGGGGGACCUGCUGAAGGACCAGAGGGGCAGCCCUGCCUACAUCAGCCCGGACGUGCUCAGUGGCCGGCCGUACCGGGGCAAGCCGAGCGACAUGUGGGCCCUGGGCGUGGUGCUCUUCACCAUGCUGUACGGCCAGUUCCCCUUCUACGACAGCAUCCCGCAGGAGCUCUUCCGCAAGAUCAAGGCCGCCGAGUACACCAUCCCUGAGGACGGGCGGGUUUCAGAGAACACUGUGUGUCUCAUCCGGAAACUGCUGGUCCUCGACCCCCAGCAGCGCCUUGCCGCCGCCGACGUACUGGAGGCACUCAGUGCCAUCAUCGCAUCUUGGCAGUCCCUGUCAUCUCUGAGUGGGCCUUUGCAAGUGGUUCCUGACAUCGAUGACCAAAUGAGCAAUGCAGACAGCUCCCAGGAGGCGAAGGUGACAGAGGAGUGCUCCCAGUACGAGUUUGAGAACUACAUGCGGCAGCAGCUGCUGCUGGCUGAGGAGAAGAGCUCCAUUCACGAGGCCCGCAGCUGGGUGCCCAAGCGGCAGUUUGGCAGCGUGCCCCCAGUGCGACGGCUGGGCCAUGACGCACAGCCCCUGAACCCCUUUGACGCCGCCAUCCUGGCCCAGCGCUACCUGCGGAAAUAGCCGGACGGGGCAGCCUCCGCCGAGGCACCAGCACCAUCUGCCGCCUCGCCCCGGCCCCCAGCGAGGGGCCCCACUGCUGGGGCUGCUGGGGCCAGACCCUGUAGUGCUGAACUCUUCCCCCAAGCUGCGAUGGGGACUGGGACAGGGACAGCCCAGGUCACACCCGGGGUCAGCAGAGGUACCGCUUGGCUACCUUUCGGAUUAUUGUGUGAUUGUUUGGUUUUUUAAUCUGAGAAGCCUAGAUAACUAAUCUGCUUUUAAUCAUGACGUUUUAAUCUACCUCUGUCUCUUUAACCAUGCUGUCUCUGGACUGAGCGUGAGGGAAGAGGAGGGAGCCACCCACCCCCCGGGGGCCUGACCCAGCCGGCCGGGCGCCUACGCUGGCAGCUGCUCCCCGCAGUCCACAUAAGCUGAAGGUGCCGCUCACUGCUGGCUCCCAGCAUGAACGCCCACUCUCCACUGCGCCCCGGCCCCUCCCGUGGUCUCUGUCUGCCCCCCUCCCUCCCCACUCAGGCCCCUCAUUCCCUCCAGCUUUGGAAAACCUUCACCUCAUCUUAAGCCUAAUUCAAAUAUAUUUAUUUUUUUACUGAAACCAAUUUCUCUCCCCUCUCUAGGUGGCCCAGUCCCUGGCCACUCCCUUCCCCCGACCUGGCUGGACAGGGUGUCCGACCGCAGCCCACAGAGGGGCUCCCCUCCUCGGCCCCCAGGCUCUCCACUUUCUAGACUUGGUUCUGUUUCCCUCUCGGUAGCGUCUCUGAGGUGCUGUAGACUCGCAUUAACCCUGGUUUCCUUCACCCUUCCUGUGGUACCGAGGUCACGCUGAUGUACAUUGUGAAAGGGGGUCCCUGCUGGUUGGGCCGGGCCGGUGAGCUGGGGGGUCUGCUCGCACACGCUCUCUGCCCCCUCCCCCACUCUUGUGUUCAGAGAACGGUCUCCUGCUCUGGCUUCACAUGGGAAGUGGAGGGUGCCCUAGCAGUCCCUGGCCAGGGGCCUCCCUGGAGGGGUGGGGGCUCAUGGGGAGAGUUGUAGGGGCUAGGGGACCUGUCCUGCCUGGCUUGAGAGCAGCCCUGCUGCCCUUUCUGAGCCGAGUUUUUUGAAGUGGAUGCCUGUCUUGCCAGAAACGCUGUUCUCACCAGAAAGCCCUCCCCUCUCCUUCACUGGGCUUGGCCUUGCCCAGUGCCAAGCAAAGACCUUCCCCAGAGGCCCACCCCCCAUGCCUCUGCCCAGCUGGCAGGACCCCCUCGGAGAGGCUGAGCCUCCUCCUCCAGGCAGCCCUGGGCCCUCAGGCCCUUCCUGCCUGUCCUUGCUUCCCAGGGGGAGGUGCCCAAGGCCUCAGCGACUGUGUUCCCAGAGUGUGAGCUGCCCCCCUCCAAAGCUGACUCACUGUGAGUGACCUUGGGUUAGUUCCCAAACCUCCUUGUGCCUCAGUUUCCCCAUCUGGAAAAAAUGGGGCCACCUCUUGCCAGCAGUAGCAGGGCCACCCAUGCCCCUUCCUCCCCAUGCCCCCAUCCUAGCACUUGGGUGGCUCAUGCCUCUGCCUCAGUGGGUUUGUGGGGGCCCCCUGAGCCCAGCACUUACUCCCCCUGAGCAUUGAGCUCUGCCUCUGUCUCAGCCGCCCGGCCACUGAGAGCCAGGGCACUGUGCUGUGGGGACACGGGGUGCCCUCUUUUCUAUAUUUAUUUCAAAAAGAAGUCUAGGGGAGGAGAAAGGCAGCCCAGCCCAGGGCUCCCAGCCCCUGUGACUCUCCUCCUUUGGGGCUCUGUGACUUGGCCAGGGCUUGUUACUGCAGAGCCCCUCGUGCCAGCAGCCUGCCCAGACCCUCCAGGGCCUGCUUUCCUCGUGUGGUCUUUCUCCUCCUCUUCAAAGCAAUAUCCUCCGGGCCUGCGGAGCCCUGUUGGACAGACCGCCCCUUCCAAGGUUCACCCACGCAUCUGGUUACAUUUGUGGCAAAGCAAAGGAGAGGAGGUUGGGUCUGCCCUCACUGGGUGUCACACGCUGAGAGAAGUCCUAUUGUAAAGAAACAAAAUGGAAAAAGUCACAAAAAAGUUUGUAUAAAGACAUAUUUUUGUACUACAUGGGGACUCUUCCUGCAUGUCAGCAAUAAAACUUCCUGAUCUGGAACCAC